AUGCGAAAGCGUGCUUUGCUCUUUCGAAAGAAUCAGGAGAGAGAGAGAGAGAGGUAACGGAAUCUGAGUCGCGGUUGCGAAGGGUAAAACGACUACGUUUUGUGGAGGAGUAACGCCGGUGAGACAUUGAAGAGAAUAAAACCGUCUCGUAGGUUUCGGACAGAGAGAGAGAGCGAGGGAGAUGAGUUUUGUCGGAGGUCUCUGGUAGGGAGAAACAGAGGUGAAUCGAAAGGGCUGCGCCGUUAGAGAGAGAGAGAGAGAGAGAGAGGGAGAAGAUGGGGGUUAAUGGUUGUUUGGAUGAGUACGAGAAGCUUGUGAUAAGGAUGAACACUCCGAGGGUCGUGAUCGACAACGGCGUUUACGCUUCCGCAACAAUCGUCAAGGUUGACAGCGCAAGGAGACACGGCAACUUGUUGGAAUCCGUACAGAUUCUGACCGAUUUGAACCUCUCCAUUAAAAAAGCUUACAUCUCUUCUGAUGGGAGAUGGAACAUGGAUGUUUUUCAUGUGACUGAUAUAAACGGCAACAAAUUGAACGACCAGAGCGUUCUGAGCUACAUUGAACAGUCGAUCGAGACGGUUUAUUACGGGCAAAACAUCGAAGUGAAUGGGCUAACGGUCUUGGAGUUAACCGGAACUGACAGAGUCGGGUUACUGUCUGAAGUGUUUGCUGUUCUGUCUGAUCUGAACUGUGACGUGGUUGAUGCCAAAAUCUGGACACACAACGGAAGGAUCGCAGCGAUCAUAUACGUGAAAGACUGUAAUUCGGGUUCCCCGAUUCAAGACUCGCAUCAAAUCGCAAGGAUCGAAGCCCGUCUGAGAAACGUAUUGAAGGAUGAUAACGACCUCAGAAGCGCCACCAGAACUUGCGUAUCAAUGGCGGUGACACACACGGAAAGGAGGCUGCAUCAGUUGAUGUUCGAGGACAGGGACUAUGACAGAAAACAGAAGGAGGAAUCUUCAGUCGUGACGGUUCAGAAUUGGGCGGAGAGAAGCUACUCUGUUGUUAAUGUUCAGUGUAAAGAUCGGACAAAGCUUCUGUUUGAUGUCGUGUGCACAUUGACCGACAUGGAUUAUGUGGUGUUUCAUGCCACCAUCAACACGAAAGCAGACCGAGCUUACCUGGAAUUCUAUAUAAGGCAUAAAGACGGGUCACCCAUCAGUUCAGAAGCCGAGAGGCAACGUGUGAUUCAGUGUUUACAAGCCGCGGUCCAAAGAAGAGCAUCCGAGGGUGUUAGGUUGGAGCUGAGGCAUCCGGACAAACAAGGGUUACUAGCCGAGGUUACGAGAACGUUCAGAGAGAACGGUCUGAACGUGACGAGAGCUGAGAUAUCGACGAGCGGUGAUAUGGCAACAAACAUAUUCUACGUGACGGAUGCCAAUGGCAAGGCGGCAGAUGCUAAAUUGAUCGAAAACGUUCGGGAAAGAAUAGGGUUUGAGCGAUUGAGAGUGAAGGAAACGCCAUUGGUAUUCUACAAGGAAGAAGAAGGACAACAACAGAGAAGGGCAGUGUUGACUUCACUUGGGAGUUUGGUUUGGAGAAACCUCUUUAGCUUCGGUUUGGUGAAAUCAUGUUCUUAGGUUUCUGUAAGAAUCGAUGAAAUCGGGAAUUUGGUGGCAUUAUUCCUCUUUUAUGUACAUAGAAAAUGGUUAGGGUUUAGGUAUUGGAUUAAUGCUUUAUUUUUAUAAUAGGUGAUUUGGUGUUGCUUUUAGGGUUUUAGGUAUCACACUAGGGUUUAUCAACUUUCUAAUUUAAAGAUUUUUAUUAUUUCUU